AUGUAUCCUCGUUUUCAGCGGGCUGCAGGCCAUAUAUGCCUGCGAUGCCAAUGGCGCUUGCUACUGGAGCGAGGUACUUCUCGGCAAACGCAUAGUUCUCGUAGAAUUUCUACUGUAAAAGUUUCGCAAACACAAAGGCGGGCACUCCAUGCCACUGCAAGUCGCCCACAAUUAUCCCCCCUUACAACCACUUCCACGCCCGUCUCCGAUCCAUCUCUUCUCGCUCGCCCCCAAGGACUUCCAAUACGUGAAUAUCUAGAGCGGUGGCAACAUCAAUUCGGUGCGCCGACAGAGGAAGUGCUCGUGGCAUUUGCGAACCAUCCCGGACGCAGCGAGACACAAAAUGGCCUCUCAAAGUUAUCGUCUGCGUUCAAGGCCGACCAAGACGCAAAGGAAAGCGAGUGGGAUGUGGCUCAAGAAGAUGAGGGCGAAGAAGUGAUCACUAUUGGUCUUUUCUUGAAGCCCGGCGACGUGGUCGAACUUUCACAGCCAGGGCGUGAACCCGUACUUGCUGUGUUCGUGCAGCAAUUGAACAACGAGAGCCAGUUUUUCUCCGUCAAUGGCAGAUGGACGCAUUCCAUCAUUAGUCGCGUCUCCUUUGCCAUACAACGUUGCAUCGACCCAAAACUUCUGGAGCCGCUUAUUCCCUUCCUCCCCACAAAUCCUGGUUUGGCCAACCCUAAGGGCGAAGUUCACGUUCCUAGAAAUCUUUCCGCUCCUAUUGUAGCGACUCUUGAACACAUGACAGCCGAAGCUGAGAAGAUUUACCGAACAAAUGCUCCAGUACUGGAUACGGCUUACGACGUCUUAGCGGACAAGACCAGGACACGUAUGAUGACACUGACACAGAUUGCUAAAACCCUACUCGGAAAUGAAGAUCCAGCCUGGGUGUCAUCGCCCGCAGCACUUCUAGCAGUCCGAAAGGCUCUCAACCAUAAUGAGUUUCGCUUCAACUCCGAUGCUCGUAACCACCGCCUGACCAACGUUUUUGCUAUUCGACCCAAGGCUGAUGUUGAGGUUGUGGAAACUGUCCACGAGUGGAUUCGAGAAUACCGCGAGUAUUGUGCCUUGAUGUCCAGCUCUUCGGGUGCUAAGGACGCAAAGCGACAUCGCACCGAAGGGGUCAAAUACGUCAUGAGUUUCCUUGACAAGGCUCGCACACUUGUUGCGAAUAGUCGAACAUUCCGUGAGCCAACCUACGGAGGUCUGGGACCCAGUAAAGCUUCCUUGCCACAGAAAGGAUCUUCGCCGCAGAAAAGACCAUCCAACUUGCACAUCACUUGGGGAGAGCCAUUCACAAGUGCCGACAGACAGAUCAUCAACUUCCUGCAAGCAUGGGUACUUACUGACCAGUUCAAGGGUAUGGCUGGCCUUCAAUCUGCUUGUACGGGCUUGAUCUCGGCCUCAGGGUGCUAUGGUUCAGACGUCUUUGGUGACACUGGGACUCAAAACGAUACCCUUAGCAACAUCAAAAAGGCUACUGGGUUCCUGUUCUUACAAGAGAUCGGUGUCGUUUCGCCCCACGACAAUCGCGCAAUCUAUGACGAGCAGCUGAUGCUUCCCUCCGUCCGUCUGUCUCGCAACCUGGAGUUGCUCAACAACAAAGCAGAACUUACACGGAGAAACCCUGAUUUCCGAGAUGCAAUGGCAGAUCUACGCCGCGAUUGGGGCUCAACGACAGUCUAUUGCAUUGAUGAUGUUGGUGCUCUUGAGAUCGAUGACGGCAUAUCAAUUGAACGAGUCAAGGACGUAACCUCGGAGUUCUGGAUCCAUGUACACGUGGCGAACCCGACAGCAUUUUUUGACAAAACCCACACGCUCUCUGGCCUCGCCGCUCACAUGACUGAGUCCGUCUACACGCCGGAGCGAUCUUUCCCCAUGCUUCCGACGUGGGCGACCCAAGGACACUUCAGCCUUGACAACGGCCGCCCUGUCAUCACCUUCAGCUCCCGUAUCAACAGUACUGGCAGUGUUCUGGAAACGAAGAUACAGCACGGCACUAUUCGAAAUAUCGUCAGCAUCACACCAUCCGAAGUGGCUACACUCCUUGGUGAUCACAACACGACAAACACCCGGAAGAUUGUUGUCGGUGGUAAGGUGCCACGUGGCACAGAACGGCCGCCACCGGGCAUUGCUCCAAGUCAACUCGAAGAGCUGCGUGAUCUUUACACUGCGGCUCAAGCCUUAUGGGAGAACCGCAAGGCUGCUGGCGGUGUUCGGUUUGCUACCGGGAAUAUCAAUGCCCGUGUCUUCGAGAGCGCCGAUCAAGGUGGCCUGAGCUGGAACGCCCCUUCGUUGGACCGGGCACGUCUUAUCCAAGGAGACCCGAUCAUCGAGGUAACAAACUCGAUACCAGAAAGCUUUAUGCAGUUUACUGUCGGGCCCAAGAACAUCACUGAAGAGAUGAUGCUGCUUGCAGGUCAAACAGCGGCCGCCUGGUGUACUGAACGGAAUAUACCCGUAAUGUAUAGAGGUACAAUUGAACCACGAAACGGAGAUUUGAAACCAGAAGAGCUGCAACAGCUCGUUCAGGCUCACUACGAAGAACAUGGAAAGGUGCGGCUCGAUCUCGCUGCGCGAUGGGCUAAAUCAUUAGGCAUGGCUGUUGCACAUUCUUCGCCAUUACCACAUAAGAUCAUCGGAGUUCCUGGCUAUAUCAAGGUCACGAGUCCUCUUCGUCGAUUCAGUGAUAUGAUUGCGCACUGGCAAAUCGAAGCUGCUAUACGGUGGGAAGCACGAUCCGGCAGAACGUUCGAUGCGACCAAGGGUCCCUCCGUACUCCCGUUUUCACAACGACAAAUGCAAGAAUCCAUCGUCACCCUUUCCCCUCGAGAACGAAUCAUCUCCAUGACUAAGCGUAAUUCUACGCAAUUCUGGGUUACCCAAGCAAUCCUUCGUGCUUUCAAGUACAAAGAAGCUUCUCUUCCCGAUUCAUUCAAGUUUUGGACUCGUAGCGUUCGUGUAGAUCAAAACUUGGCACUGGGAGAUAUACCUGAGUAUGGUCUUAAAGCUCUUAUGAACGGCAAUGGCUUCGAAGAAGGCGAUGAGUGGGAAGUGGCGCUGGAAAGAGUCGACCUCUUCUCGAGAUCGAUCUAUGUGAAGCCUAUUCGCCUCUUGGAUCGAGUCUACAAAACUGUCUGA